CCUUCCUUUUCAUUUAUUUAUUCAUUCAUUUUUCUUCACGUUUGGGGGAACAAAACUGGGUCAAAACGCGUUUGGGGGAACAAAACUGGGUCAAAACCCCGCUUGCCUACGCAAGACCGGUUGAUGCGCUGCACGAGCGUUGCACAUCUACACACUGUAGAUAUCUAAAGGUAUUGGGCGAAUUCCAAACAGCAUUUUUGGGGCCUUGAAGGGCACUGCAGGAAGGGAAACACUUGAAUGGUCGUUCCAAACAAAAGUAAGAAAAUAAAUCUUUUCACAAAGGACCCUGCCACAAGACUGUUAGCGAAGGGUACAUUCAUACAGUAAUGCAAUGUUCCCUUCAGAGUGGCCACAUCAAGGGCUCUGCCCAUUUUAAGUGAGUAGGGCAUAGGAGUGGGCUUACCGGGCCCCGAAUGUUUUAGCCCUUCGCUCAACAAAUUUUCUCCAGUGCCGAUUUUUGUUCCAGUCCCCGCCUGCUUUAUAGAGACAGUUCGUAGGUGUGCAUUUGUCUUGGUCAAGAGAUUUUUUUGAAUAUUGAAAUGGACAUUUCAGAAUUCUUUAAGUAAAGAAGUAAACAGCCUUAGUCAUAAUCAGCACUUCAAUGGCAAGAUGCAGCUGCUCCAGGGCUUCAGUAAGACUGGCACUGUUGCCUCUGCCAGACGCUGACGUGAGUUUGAGGGCCUCAGGCUGACAUCUUGGUGCUUUCAUGAGUUAACGGCGGUCCCUGGAAGCCCAAACCCUGUGUCGCGCCACCUCCCUCCCUCUCCCCUCCUCCCUCUAGACCCAGCCAAGCCAUGGGCCAGAAGAUCUCAGGGAGUAUAAAGUCCGUAGAUGCACGUGGGGAGCCAUCCUUUAGGCCCCUGAGGAGGGAACUGAGAGGGCCAGACUUUUUCAAGCCAGCCAGACUGGACUUACUCCUGGACAUGCCCCCUGCUUCACAUGAACAACAGCUCCAACAUGCUUGGAACCCAGACGACCGCUCUCUCAACAUCUUUAUCAAGGAUGAUGACAAACUUACCUUCCAUCGGCAUCCGGUCGCCCAGAGCACCGAUGGUAUACGUGGACAGGUGGGAUACACGCGAGGACUCCACGUUUGGAGGAUCCACUGGCCGGCCAGGCAACGGGGCACACACGCGGUGUUGGGCGUGGCCACGGCAGAUGCCCCGCUGCACUCUGUUGGCUACACUUCAUUAGUUGGCAGUGAUAGUGAGUCCUGGGGCUGGGAUCUGGGACGUAACAAGCUCUACCACAACAGUAAGAACCGGCCGGCCUCUUCCGCCCCCACCUAUCCGAGCUUCCUGGAGCCAGAAGAGGCAUUUGUGCUGCCAGAUGCCCUGAUGGUGGUGCUGGAUAUGGACGAGGGCACGCUGAGCUUCAUGGUGGAUGGACAGUACCUUGGAGUGGCCUUCAGAGGCCUUAAGGGCAAAAAGCUGUACCCCAUCAUCAGUGCGGUAUGGGGCCAUUGUGAGAUCACCAUGCGCUACAUCAAUGGCCUAGAUCCGGAGCCGCUCCCUCUGAUGGAUCUGUGUCGACGUGCUGCGCGCCUGGCCCUGGGACGUGAGCGUCUGCAGGAGAUCGAGACCUUGCCUUUGCCACAAUCUCUGAAGAAUUACCUCCAGUACCAGUGAGAGCAUGGGACAUCACGUAGAGACACACACAGAGAGGAAGCCUGAGGUGCUACUAUAGCGGUACCAUCAGGCAACAGAGGGAAAAUGUUUACAUUGUGGCUCACUGGUGGAAUCUUAAUUUUUUUUUUUUUUUUUUUAACUUUUUUUUUUUUCCUCGUUUAAAUUGACAGCUUUGGAAGUAGUAAGGAAAGUGUGACGCAGCUAGAGACGCAGAAGCUUGGCAGACCUGCAGCUCCUCCAGGUGUGCUGCUAUGACAGGAAGUGGCGUUUCAGAAAGCACAUUAACCUUCGGAUGCCUUUGCAAGCCAUCAGUAAUAAUCUUUUAGCUCCUUCCCUGGAUGUAAAGCCUGCAGAGCAUGGUCACAGGAGACAUAGGCAGCUGUAGGUCAGGCAUUUCAAGUCAAAAUCCAACAGCCCUGGAAGGUGCCAAGCUGGUAGGUGCCGCUACCUACGCAUUGGAGCACCAGGUGACAUUAAUAUACGGACUGACAGAAGUCUUUUUUACCGUUUGCUGGAUGUGUAUUCCCAAGCACACAUGCAUACGCACAUAUACGACCAACAAUCAUAUACAGAUUCACUUCUCUUUAUUUUUCCUUCUGUGGGCUUGAGUCACUUUCUAUCUGAAUUUGUAUGCUGAUUUUAUUGUGCGUGUGAACUUUCAUUUCUGAUAAUGAUUUUAUGGAGAUGUUUUUGGCCAUCUUUAAUUUUAUUUAUCAGGUUCUAGUUCCUUUUUAAUGAACUGAGAAUGUGCGAAUUAGCACAUAGAUAUCGAACACUAUCAUACUCAUCACAAAUGGCUUUCUAUUUUAAACUGGGAUGCUGCUUUUAUUAUUAUUAAUUAUUAUUGUUAUUCUCUGAAUGCUCAGAUAGUCUGGUUUUCUGAGGAAGACAAUGGAAUGUAAAGAUCUUGCUAGCGUUAGCAUAUUUUAAAUGUGAAUAAAAGCCAAGUGAAUGAGAAGGAUGUUGUUUACAUUUUUGUCUGAGACAGAAGAUGGCUGGAUCUGUGUUUUAUCAUUCUCACUGAACACAAAACAAGUAUGUUCUAAAUCACAGUAGGACCUAUUUACAGUACAUAACAGCACUUUUUUGCUUCACGUUCCACAGAGGGUUCCCUCCUUUCCCACUUUUCUUUCUCUGGUUUCUCUCUCUCUCUUGUCUGACUCCCACUCUAUCACAGUCUGAGGCGGAAAAGUAUGUUAUUUAACUUAAAUCUGGAAAUUGGAACCUUCUUCUCAUGCUCUGUUUAGAUUCGUGGGAUGUUUUUAACCUCAGUCAGUAACCUCAGGUGAUUUCACUUCAGUAAUGCAGACUUCCAUGCAUUCUGUUCUAACUCUAUGGAAUCCACUUCAAAAUGCCUUAAAGGGAUAUUUCGCCUAAAACGGAAAAUCCUCCAAUCAUUUACUCACCUCACAUUGUUCCAAACCCAUAUGACUUUGUUCUCUGGAACACAAAUAAUGAAUAUUUAAAGAAUGUUUAAGCCGCUUUUUUCCCAUAUAAUGUAGAGG